AUGUCAUUAUCACUGAUCAGACCAACAGCUUCUACAUCUACUUUUAGAGCAUUAGGUCUGGGUUUGGGUGGUAGAGGUUUACAUACUUCUAGAGCACUCGCUAUUCGAGCUAGUGGUAUAAGAAGAGAUGCAGUAGUAUCUGCUGAGGAGACUGGUGGAUUCAAAUACAUUCCAGGAGGACCUAUUCUCAAGGGUACAGUCAACGAUGCCACUCCUCAAAUCGAGACUUCACGAUCUCACGGUUCAUAUCAUUGGGCAUUUGAGAGAGUUCUUUCGGCGGCUUUGGUACCUGUAACUGUCGGUGCUGCCGUUUCAACUGGAUCUGCCUAUCCUAUAAUGGAUGGACUCCUCGCUGUAUCAUUGAUCGUUCAUUCACACAUCGGAUUCGACUCAUGUCGAGUAGAUUACCUUCACCCACGGAAAUUCCCAGUUAUCGGACCUGUAGUUUCUUGGUUACUCAAAAUCGCAACUGGAUUAAGUGUUUGGGGUGUAUAUGAAUUCAACACAAAUGAUAUUGGUCUCACCGAACUCGUCAGAAAACUCUGGACAGCUUAA